ACAGGAAGCAAAAACAAAAACUUAAAAAACAAGUUAAAACUGUAAAUAAAUAUUACCAAUAUGAAGAUGAAACUAAUUGAUAAUGUUGUGCGGAGUUUUAAGGUCGCUAAAGUGUUUAGAGAGAAUACAGAUAAGAUCAAUGCCAUUGACUUUUCACCAAAUGGAGAACAUUUAAUUUCGUGCAGCGAAGACGAUCAAAUUGUUAUAUAUGAUUGUGAAAAAGGUACCCAAUCCCGUACAGUGAACUCUAAAAAAUAUGGCGUAGAUUUAAUACAUUUUACACAUGCGAAUAACACAGCUAUCCAUAGCUCGACAAAAGUGGACGACACAAUCAGAUAUUUGAGCUUACACGAUAAUAAAUACUUACGUUAUUUCCCUGGUCAUACCAAGAAGGUGAUAUCUUUAUGCAUAUCUCCUGUAGAAGAUACAUUUUUAUCAGGAUCAUUAGAUAAGACACUACGACUAUGGGAUUUGAGAUCUCCAAAUUGCCAAGGAUUAAUGCAUUUGUCUGGUCGUCCCGUAGCUGCAUAUGAUCCCGAGGGUUUGAUAUUUGCCGCUGGAGUAAACUCUGAAAGUAUUAAACUGUACGACCUACGUUCCUUUGAUAAAGGGCCUUUCGUCACUUUUAAACUAAAUCAAGAGAAAGAAUGUGAUUGGACGGGAUUAAAAUUUUCUCGUGAUGGUAAAACUAUACUUAUAAGUACAAAUGGAUCAAUAAUACGCCUGGUAGAUGCAUUCCAUGGUACACCUCUGCAGACUUUUACAGGUUAUCCAAACACUAAGGGAAUCCCAAUUGAAGCAAGUUUUAGUCCCGAUUCCCAAUUUAUUUUUUCCGGUAGUACUGAUGGCCGAGUUCAUGUUUGGAAUGCUGAUACAGGGUAUAAAGUAUGUGUCCUAAAUGGCGAUCAUCCAGGUCCAGUCCAAUGCGUUCAAUUUAAUCCCAAAUAUAUGUUAUUAGCAUCUGCUUGUACUAAUAUGGCGUUUUGGCUGCCUACUUCCGACGAAGGCCUAUAAAUUAAUCUAACUUUUCUUUAAAAAAAUAUAAAAUCUAUGAUCUUUGAAGAAUAAUAAAAUAUUUUGUUAUAUAAAGCAA